AUGUCCAAGAAACUAUUUAUAAAAAAUCUAUCUAUCUAUCUCAUUCUUUUCACUAUCUAUCUAUCUAUCUAUCUAUCUAUCUAUCUAUCUUACUCUUUUCAUAUCUAUCUAUCUAUCUAUCUAUCUAUCUAUCUAUCUAUCAAAAACCGAAAGCUCACUCCAUCUCUCCCAGUUUUGAUAGAGAUAGUUCUAUCUAUCUAUCUCACUCUCUUCAUUAUCUAUCUAUCUAUCUAUCUAUCUAUCUAUCUAUCUAUCUAUCUAUCUAUCUAUCUCAUUAUUUUCACUAUCUAUCUAUCUAUCUAUCUAUCUAUCUAUCUAUCUAUCAAAAACCGAACUACAAUAUUAACAGAAAAUAUUACACAUUUUACAUCCAGCUCUUUUCUAAAAUCUUACUUAUCUAUCUAUCUAUCUAUCUAUCUAUCUAUCUAUCUAUCUAUCUAUCUCUUACUUACUUAUCUAUCUAUCUAUCUCACUCUCUUCAUAUCUAUCUAUGUAUCUUACUCUUUUCAUAUCUAUCUAUCUAUCUAUCUAUCUAUCUAUCUAUCUAUCUAUCUAUCCGAAAGCUCAUCAAUUACGUGCAUCGUACCACCACCACAACCAGAACCACCACCACCAGAACCACCGCCACCAACACCAGAACCAACACCAGAACCAACACCAGAACCAGAAUCAACACCACCACAACAAGAACCACCACCAGAACCACCACCACCACAACCAGAACCACCACCACCAGAACCACCACCACCACAACCAGAAUCACCAACACCAGAACCACCACCAGAACCACCACAACCAGAAUCACCACCACCAGAAUCACCACCACCAACACCAGAACCACCAUCACCACCACCACCACCAAGAAGAAGAAGAAGAAAAUAA